GGGUUCUUCUACCUCCUCGACUUCCGUCUCUGCCUUGGCCGCCAACUCCGGCGUUGACUGAGGUAGUCUGCUCUGUGCUCGAGUCGUCUUUUGGCAACAAGGUCACGGCUCUCUGCCGCACGCGCAUCCACGAGUGACCUUUGCUUUUUUUGGACAGUCCGCCGAGGCGGGGCGCGACCUUUGCACGAUGAUGUCCCUCCGUCGAAGGAUCGGAGGCGCACGCAAGCCCGAAGAGGAAGAACUCCCGCCUCGACUCGAGCUUAAUCCCUUUACUCACCUCCAACUGGUGGCGACACAUGAUGAACCCAUCGCCUCAAUGCUGGUCGUGCCUCCCAAAUCCAUCAUCUCCGCGAGUGAUCAAGGUGACAUUCAGAUUCACAACACGGAUGAAGGCCGUCUCGUUCACCAAUACCAACCGCUUCAUGCCCAUGUCGUGGCCAUGUGCUUGACGCACGAUGGCUCCAUCGUCGUUGUCACCCAUGACGGCAAGCUGCGCAUCUACAACAACGACUACACGCUCCGCCUCUGCCGCCCACAUGAACUCGGGGCCAUCAACCACGCUGUUGCCAUUGGAUCAGCUUCCAUCUGCUUGGGUGGCUGCCAAUUCGCCGUGGUUGACGACCAAGGCGAGCCCGUACUGGUGGACCCCCGCCAAGCCAUCCCCCUCACCCGAAGCAACAGUAGCAGCAGCAGUGCACAUGGCAGCGCAAAUGGCUACCAAGCCCAAGAGGAUGACCGGCCCGAAAUCGAGCGUCUCCUCAUCAUAUCAGAGUUCAAAAUUGCUGCCCUGACCAGCGCCAGCGUCGAAAUUUUCGACGUGCAACCCGAUCUGGUCAACUCGUUUGAUCGUCGCCGCGCCGGCUCCACCAGCUUACCCCUCGCCUCAGAGCUGCCCCUCGUUAUGAACGUGCUCAACGACAAGCUCUUUGGCGUCGGCACCUACACCGGCGCUGUCAUCUUCUCCCGCACCAGCUUGUCCCCCACCUUUCGCGUCUCCACUACCAUCGUCGAGUCGGACGGACGCCGGACAAACUCCACUGCCGUCACCGCCAUCGCUGGCCUAGGCAACCACCUUGUUGCCCUCGCCUGUGUCAAAGAGCUCCGCGUUUACGAACUUGCCGCGCCACACGCCUGUCUUUUCACACUCAAAAACGCCAUGGACGCCAAAAUCACAACCCUUCAUCCCCUGGCCCUCGGUCGCGUCCUCAUGACCCAAGGUACAGAUGACACCAUAAAGGUCUGGUCUGUGGCUCAUCUCUUCUCUGACGCACAACACCCCGAUGAUCCUGUGCGCUGUGCGGAACAACUCCUCCAAUCCCCAUACAUGGCUGCUCUGAAGGGCCAGGUUGCAAUUCCCGCCGUGGGUGCACGUGUCGGAAGUGGUCGGUCAGAUCGCCCAGCGCAUCCGGCGCCCGCAAUUUGCAUUGGACACUUACAGCACGAGUGCUCCCCCGUGCAAUCGCUCGUCGUCAACCCCCACACAUUGGCCGUUGGCCUGGCCGAUGGCACCAUCUGUUUGUGGAAAAAUGGCGCCUAUGCUUGGCGGCAGAGCAAUCAGGCCGUGUUGGAGGCGCGCUCAGAAUUGUCACAAUACUAG